CUCAGCCCAAACCCGGAAGUCAUGGGUUCUCUGAUGGGAACUAAUUGAAACGAACGCAGCGAGCUGUCAAACAUGCCUCUUUAUCAACAAAACACACUUUUAGUGGUGUUGUUGAUCUAUAUUUACGCUGCCGCAUCAAGCGAAGAAGCUAACGUCACACUUUCCACCUCGGCUGUGGUCAAUUCGCCUGUUUUCAAGACUGCGGGGGUGGACUCUGCAGCCUCGCUCCGUCUGUUGUCUACUUUCCCAGGCGACUUGGAGAUCAGCGACUACUGCAGCGAGCUUCUUCGCAUUUUUGGUGAGCGGUAUGUCGCCUAUGUCAACUGCCUGGUUCCGUCUGCACGGCCGGUUAAAGUGUGUCAGAACUGUUUCGGCAGCUAUGGCAGCCUGGUGACAACCUACACGAACAUCUCUUCUGAGUUGGGUUCUGGCAAUGAGAGCUGCAGAGACAGCCUCCUUCGAGGAGAUCGACUGAUGGUGGUUUAUCUGCUCUUCAACAACCUGAAGGACCUGUGGAUCAAAUCAGACUGCGACAACUGUAUCGUGGAUGGAUUCCAGAGCCUCACUGACGACUCGCUAUACUUCUUGUCCACCCUCAACCAAACUCUCAGCUGCUUUGAGAGAUACCAACAGGGGAACCACACAGAACUGUGCACAAACUGUAAGAGCGCCUACAAGAGCCUCAAUGAGCUAUACAGCGGCAUGGAGAAGAACAAGACUUUGUGUAUCGACAUUGAGGACGGGAUGAACAUGACCCGCAGACUGUGGAGUAAGAAUUUCAAUUGUUCCUUCCCCCGGGAGGAGACGGUGCCUGUCAUCGCCGUGUCCAGCUUCAUGCUCUUUCUGCCCAUCAUCUUCUACUUGAGCAGCUUCCUUCACUCAGAACAAAAGAAACGCAAGCUCAUACACCCCAAGAGGGCGAAGUCCUACGCCUCCAGUUUGAUGAACAUCCAGGACAAGCAGAGCUGAUUGAAGCCAACGGGGUGAAAAUUCGUCAUUUUGUACAUUUCGGAGGUUUGGCUCUCUUCACAGCCGGUUGUUUACAGGCUGCCUUUACCUAUUAUUUAAAGGACGCACAUGAACUUUAAAGUUGAAUUCCCUGGUAUUUUCAAUGCGCACACAUUUUUUCCCUUCAUAUCGAUAUUGUUCAACAAGCACACACUGUAAAUUUAUCUUGAACUUAAGUUAUCUUUGCCAAAGACCUUUUUAUUGCUGUUGUAACCAGACAUUACCAUUUCAUUAUUAUUUUUUCUUUAUCUUUGUUAGUGCAAUCCCGCGUGUUAUUGCAUAAUCAAAACACACAUUUUACACAGAGAUUGUGAUUUCAUGUAAAUGAAAGUAGACGUAAUAUACAGGAGGUUGCUCUUACUUUUUUUUGCCUUGGUGGAGGUCUGCAGUGAGUACCAUUCUAGUUCAAGAUUAAACUCAUAUUGAGCAAUUUAAUAAGCCGUUAUUUAAUCUUGAUUUGUAAGAGGUUGGUUGCUUCCUCGUAUGUGACUAUUAAUUACAUAGUUACACAUGUCGGUGCACAAAGAUCCUACCCCUCGGUGUGUGCAUGUGCACAUGAUUGAAUGAGAGUAUGUGCUCUAGUUAUGGAUCGAGAAAUGGGUUUUAUGUCUGUAAUGCAUGUUCAGAAGAGAGCCACAGAAAGAGGAAGUACUUGAUGUCCAUUAGCGGUGACAUGUGUCUGCUGCGUGAAGAGGGUGCACAUCACUGGGUGUGUUUUGUUAUGUUUAAAAAAAAAACAAAAAAAAACACCCGAAGACAUAAGUCAUGAGAGCAGUCAGUAAUGCACUAAGAUGUUACCUGCCUCCUAAAAUCAGUCUUUAAUGAAUGCAUUAAUUUUUUAUGUGAUUUGUGCCUGUUUAUUUUUUCUAAUGGAUGUUUGCUUCCUGGUAAUUCAUUUACAUGACCUGAUAGCUACACAUUAGCUUUAUGAGUGGCGAAUUGAUGAACAUGACAAAGCAAAACAAAUAGUCACUAAUGUCUCAUCACCUCUUGGGGGUUUUAAAUGUUUCCAUUUCUUCAGUGAUUAGUGUAGAAAACCAUUGUUUUUUAAAAGCAUCUGGCCAUGGAUGCGCCAACAUUUAAAAUAGGUUUUAAGAUGUGUUCACGUCUGCGUGGCCAUCCAAACCCUGAUAUGCAACAAAAGUGGAGCAAGAUUGUUUGAGAGAUGGGUCUCUCGACCUUGGUUGUAUCAAACCAUGGUAGAUUAUAUGUGUUAUACCAGACCCUCCUCAGAGAAUAUAACACACUUGGGCCGUCCCAUACUCAAUACAUACCACUUGUGCACAAUCGGAGGUGCAGCUCCACUCCUGUUCGACUGCGCUGCGGCUUGUUCAUCUUUGUUGACCGCUUGUGUUUCAUCACAGAAUAAAUGACACAAGAAACACUUUCUGUCUUUCACUUUUCCUGCGCACUUCUCGUAUCUAAAUAUAGUAACCAUGUUGCUGAAUUGUCAACAUGAAUCUCUUCAAUGUAUGAGGUGUGUUAUCAAGCUGAACCGGUGACUGCUGGUGCUUGUAAAAUUGGCGCUAUAACGACGAUUGUAAAUAGAAUGGCUCUGUGAUUAAGGGUGCAGACAAGUCCGAACAUCUGUGUGUUUUGAUCUGACAAAUCUUAAGUAAUUUUGAUCAAAUGUUGAAUUACUACAGCUUCUGCUUGGACAUUGUGAUGGCAGCUGUUCAACUCCAGUGAAAAAAAUAAGCCUCUCAUACUCGCGAGAUCUCAAGACACUGCUAAUAUUUGGUGAAGUUUACGCUCUCACCAUUGCAACUAAAAUUCUAUUAAUUUUGCCUUUGACGUAACUGAAGUUAGCUCAGCAGGUUUGAAAAUUAGGUUUUCUUUUCCUCAAGCUGCUGCGCCUCCCCUGAAAAACCCCUGUAUUAGAUUGAUACAGUAGAUGCAUGACUAUAGAAUAUAGACGAGCUAAACUAUGUUGCAUAUGAAUGAUAUCAACCUCAAAGGCCAAGGUACAGGGUGUUUAAGGCCGCUCUUCCUCCACACAGCAGUGACCCUUGUUCCAGGUGAUUAAACGUGGUUGCCCUCCAAUUUCUUGCAUCAGGACUUUUCCUCCAUCAUUAGCAGCUAAUCGCUAACAGUGGGAUAAAGAUACUUGGCCGUUAAACUCCUUUUUGGCUUCUUGGUCUUAUGGAGCGUAGCCACAGCGGCCCAUCAGCUAAGAGCAUUACGCACACGCCGAGUCAUAUGAGCCCCUUAGCGGCCAGCGUGGAGCGUGAAAACACGGUGUGUUACUUACGGGGCUGUGUGUGUGGCUCAAGAAUGACAGUUUAUAUUCCCACUAAUCUCCCCUCAGGUCCUUAAGCGGGCCUGAAAGUCAAACAACACACGCCCACGAGCGCCCAUGUUGUGCAGCCACCGGCCACUUCUUUAGGUACACCUGCACAAUCUACUGUAAUGACAACCAAUACAAUCGUUCUGCCUUCACGAAGCUGAUACUGCUCAAUUUGAUUGACUGUUUUAGAUGUGUUAAUAAUAAUGGAUUACGUAGAUUGUAUAUAGUGCUUUUCAAGGAACCCAGUGCGCUUCAAAAGUGACCCCAUUAUUCAUUCACUCCUCAGUCACA